UACACGUUUUGGAGUCGUUUUGGGUUAACAAGGUAAAUCUAAACAGCUAUAAAUAGGGAUAUUCAGUAACACUUUAGCUGAAUCAACCCUACAGAAGUGCAUUAGAAAAAUCACACAUGUCUCUCACUACCUCCGUCACUGUUGCACGUGUGCUGUCCUAUCCCACCGCCGUGAAACGCAAACGCGAAGACGAGAUCACUCGAGAUAAACCGAUGCCUAUGGCUAUUCCAUCUUGGGAGGUACUAAACGCUAUUAGCUAUUACAUGGACCCCGAGACUCUCGCCGUCGCCUCUUGCGUCUCGACCACGUGGCUAAAGUGCUUUUCCUCGGAGAAUCUAUGGAAGUCCAUCAUGACCGCGCGGUCCUCGCAACGCUCAUCUCCCUACGAGAUCGCCUUGGAACACACGGAAGGCGUCAUCUCGUACAAACACCUCGUCUCCGCCGUUGAAAGAGACGCGAAACGCCGACGCAAAGGUCAGCUUGAGGAAACCAUCAAGAUACCGCUCUCUGAUCUCAGUUUCAUCGUCCACGUGUCCACCAAAACAAAGAAAGCGUCGGUUUAUAAAAAAGGUGAAGAUCUCGUGUUUGGUCCUAACGACAAGUUCCAAAUCGAAGUCGACGUGAGCAAGGCUGGUAUCACUGCUGGUGAGGAAGAGGUGAGGAUGACGUGGCAGGUUAUGUGCAAGGGGAAGUUUGUCACGGUGGCGGAUACUACAAGAUCGUUGGACACGAAGCAUGGGUGGUUCAUUGAGAAGCUGGAGUAUAAGGAUAACCGGAAGCUGGUAGGCGACGUCAAGAUGAGUUUUAGCGGCGAUGUUCUUGAGAAGAUUGGAUUUGCGAUAGUAGACUCGGAUGGUUGGGGAUCUCUGUUAGUUGACGGAUUUUUGAGGUAUCUUCAGCGGUUUUUGUUGGAAUAAAUAAUAGUCUUGAUGUCGAUGGAGUAGAUGGAUCAGUACAAGUCUCAAGUAGAUGGUUUAGCAAAGUUAUUUUAAUGUUUGUUGUAGUUCCCUCUUUUGCUAUGCACUCUAUAACUAGUGAAGUUCAAUCA